GCAGCCGGUGUGCCGCCGGGGCCGCUCGCCGGUGCUGCCCGCUAUGUACUACAAGUUCCACGGCUUCACGCAGCGGCUGGUCGGGGCGGCGGCGGCCGAGGCCUACAACCCGCAGGGACUCAAACCAAUAGUUUCCACUGAAUCCCCAGCUCUGACAACAUCUAAACUUGCUUCAGAUAUACCAGCAACUGAUUCUUUCUUGGGUAAAAACAAGGUGCCAGACCUACAGAAACUUUUUCAGAAACCAGAUGGGCUGCCAGUACACCUGAAACGAGGCGUUCCGGACAGGCUGCUUUAUCGGACCACUAUGGCUCUAACAAUAGGCGGGACAAUCUACUGUCUAGUAGCACUGUACAUGGCCUCACAACCAAGAAACCACAAAUAAAUGAACCACAUCUCAUGGGACUCGUGCCACUUCCCUGAAGGACCUCCUGCAUGAAUCUGCACUUGCUUUCAUUCAGUCAUCAUGUAGGGUUUGUUAUUCAGGUCACAUUUCUCAGAGAAAAGGGUAUUAAAUCGGUUGCCUUAUGCGUUCUAAAACUCAAUGUAAACCAACAUAAAGACGUAUUUUAACAUGG